GCGUAGACAACAGAGAAUCCAACUCCUGCAAUGGCGUCCAACCUCCGGGCGCACAUGAAGCACUGCUUCUCGGCGGCGUCGCUCCGGUCCUACCUCGCCGAGUUCGUUUCCACGUUCCUCUUCGUGUUCGUCGCCGUUGGCUCCGCCAUGUCUGCCCGGAUGCUGACGCCCGACGUGACGUCCGACGCGUCGUCCCUGGUGGCCACCGCCGUGGCGCAGUCGUUCGGGCUCUUCGCGGCCGUCUUCAUCGCCGCCGACGUCUCCGGCGGCCACGUCAACCCGGCCGUCACGUUCGCCUUGGCCAUCGGCGGCCACAUCGCCGUCCCCAGCGCCAUCUUCUACUGGUCCUGCCAACUGCUCGGCUCCACCUUCGCCUGCCUCGUCCUCCACUACUUCUCCGCCGGCCAGGUACUCUUAUACUACAUCAACAUCCCUGCUAAAUUACCCUCAAAUCAAGUUCACAUUGCACGAAAUGUCAUGUUUCAGGCCGUGCCGACGACGAGGAUAGCGGUGGAGAUGACGGGGUUCGGGGCGGCGAUCGUGGAGGGGGUGAUGACGUUCAUGCUCGUGUACGCGGUGCACGUGGCAGCCGACCCUCGCGCGUGCGGCAGGAGCAGGGGGCUGGCGACGACGGCGAUGGGCUCGCUGGUGGUCGGGCUGGUGGCUGGCGCGUGCGUGCUGGCGGCGGGCUCGCUCACGGGCGCGUCCAUGAACCCGGCGAGGUCCUUCGGGCCGGCGGUCGUCAGCGGGGACUUCAAGAACCAGGCCGUGUACUGGGUCGGGCCCAUGAUCGGCGCGGCCGUCGCGGCCCUCGUGCACCAGAAUCUCGUCUUCCCGUCCGCGCCCGAGCCGCUGCCGCACGAGGUGCGACACGGUAGCGUGGAAACGGUCGUUGCGUGAGUCCAGUAGUUUUCGUUCUUCUUCUUAACACAGUCUAGUCUAGUAGUAUUCCCUUUGUUUCACUCGUAGCGUUCAAGGAAUGUUGUGCGUAUGAUUGUGCAUAUAUUUGAAUUUCUGUUUCCGAAUUAUGUAAAGCUUUGUAAGUUUUUCUCUUGGUGAUGAGGGAAAUUGCAACAAGCAAGCUAACGAAAAUAUAUAAAAGAAAGAGAUGUUCGCCGGUGAA